CUGUUUCCAGUCGGGCCCCACAUCACGGGGAGGAGCAAGAUCAGAGAGGAAGCUACUGGCAAACUCCUAGCGAGUCUCACCAACUCCCAGUCGAACUUUCAAAAAUUGUGUUUCUACUUCCGUGCUUUCCGUUCUCUUUUCGGGCUUUGGCCGAAGCUGUGGAUAUUCAUUUAGGCACUUGCCGCUUGCCGCUUGCAGCUUGCAACUUGCUCUCAAGAAGGCUGACAUGCAACUUAUAGUUUUCAUUCGGCUGCUGCUCGUGGUAGCCGCCGUGGUAGCAAGUUCGCAGCCGCAGUCGUACUACUGCAAGCGAUAUGAAGCCGCUGUACAAAGCUCCCAGCAUUGGUGCGAGAAACAGAUUGGCAUAUUUCCCGCCUAUUUCCUAUGCUUAUUCAGCUGCAACAAAAGACACCAAUUGAGCGUUUUCGAUUGCCAUUUCCGCAUCAAGGAAAAGAACAGCUAUCCACUGUGCAAUGAUCUAUACUGCAGCGCCGUGAGCAUGCCCUUGCCCCCCCAGCCGACCACCACAACGCCACCACCACCAACAGCUCCAACGGCAUACACUACGAGUAUUUGGCCAUCGACAGUCAGUACACAACAAUCCACCGAGGGAGUUUCCGACAGUUUAGCGACCGGAAACGGUACAACCAACGCUACGAUCUCCAGUACGCCAUUGGCGACCUCAGACGACUCAACAAGUGGCGAAAGCACCUCCAAAGCACCCGCUACAACAGUGUCAACAAGUCAAACCCAAAAAGAUGUAUUUACAGAUGAAGCAAAAGACGAACCAUCAGAUACAUCAACCGUCUCACGAAUAGACUCAACAGAAUAUAAUACAUCAGAUGCACUUUCGGAUGCAGCAACAGAUGAAUCAACAGAUACAUCAACCGUCUCACGAAUAGACUCAACAGAAUAUACAACAUCAGAUGCACUUUCGGAUGCAGCAACAGAUGAAUCAACAGAUACAUCAACCGUCUCACGAAUAGACUCAACAGAAUAUACAACAUCAGAUGCACUUUCGGAUGCAGCAACAGAUGAAUCAACAGAUACAUCAACCGUCUCACGAAUAGACUCAACAGAAUAUACAACAUCAGAUGCACUUACGGAUGCAGCAACAGAUGAAUCAACAGAUACAUCAACCGUCUCACGAAUAGACUCAACAGAAUAUACAACAUCAGAUGCACUUACGGAUGCAGCAACAGAUGAAUCAACAGAUACAUCAACCGUCUCACGAAUAGACUCAACAGAAUAUACAACAUCAGAUGCACUUUCGGAUGCAGCAACAGAUGAAUCAACAGAUACAUCAACCGUCUCACGAAUAGACUCCACAGAAUAUACAACAUCAGAUACACUUUCGGAUGCAGCAACAGAUGAAUCAACAGAUACAUCAACCGUCUCACGAAUAGACUCAACAGAAUAUACAACAUCAGAUGCACUUUCGGAUGCAGCAACAGAUGAACCAUCGGAUACAUCAACCGUCUCACGAAUAGACUCAACAGAAUAUACAACAUCAGAUGCAGCAACAGAUGAAUCAACAGAUACAUCAACCGUCUCACGAAUAGACUCAACAGAAUAUACAACAUCAGAUGCACUUUCGGAUGCAGCAACAGAUGAAUCAACAGAUACAUCAACCGUCUCACGAAUAGACUCAACAGAAUAUACAACAUCAGAUGCACUUUCGGAUGCAGCAACAGAUGAAUCAACAGAUACAUCAACCGUCUCACGAAUAGACUCAACAGAAUAUACAACAUCAGAUGCACUUACGGAUGCAGCAACAGAUGAAUCAACAGAUACAUCAACCGUCUCACGAAUAGACUCAACAGAAUAUACAACAUCAGAUGCACUUUCGGAUGCAGCAACAGAUGAACCAUCGGAUACAUCAACCGUCUCACGAAUAGACUCAACAGAAUAUACAACAUCAGAUGCAGCAACAGAUGAAUCAACAGAUACAUCAACCGUCUCACGAAUAGACUCAACAGAAUAUACAACAUCAGAUGCACUUUCGGAUGCAGCAACAGAUGAAUCAACAGAUACAUCAACCGUCUCACGAAUAGACUCAACAGAAUAUACAACAUCAGAUGCACUUACGGAUGCAGCAACAGAUGAAUCAACAGAUACAUCAACCGUCUCACGAAUAGACUCAACAGAAUAUACAACAUCAGAUGCACUUUCGGAUGCAGCAACAGAUGAAUCAACAGAUACAUCAACCGUCUCACGAAUAGACUCAACAGAACAAUCAACAUCAGAUGCAUCAACAACAGAUACAGCAACAGAUGAACCAUCAGAUAGAUCAACCGUCUCACGAAUAGACUCAACAGAAUAUAAUACAUCUGAUGCACCUACGGAUGCAGCAACAGAUGAACCAUCGGAUACAUCCACCGUCUCACGAAUAGACUCAACAGAAUAUAAUACAUCAGAUGCACUUACAGAUGCAGCAACAGAUGAAUCAACAGAUACAUCAACCGUCUCACGAAUUGACUCAACAGAACAAUCAACAUCAGAUGCAUCAACAACAGAUACAGCAACAGAUGAACCAUCAGAUAGAUCAACCGUCUCACGAAUAGACUCAACAGAAUAUAAUACAUCUGAUGCACCUACGGAUGCAGCAACAGAUGAACCAUCGGAUACAUCCACCGUCUCACGAAUAGACUCAACAGAAUAUAAUACAUCAGAUGCACUUACAGAUGCAGCAACAGAUGAAUCAACAGAUACAUCAACCGUCUCACGAAUAGACUCAACAGAAUAUACAACAUCAGAUGCACUUACGGAUGCAGCAACAGAUGAACCAUCGGAUACAUCAACCGUCUCACGAAUAGACUCAACAGAAUAUACAACAUCAGAUGCACUUUCGGAUGCAGCAACAGAUGAAUCAACAGAUACAUCAACCGUCUCACGAAUAGACUCAACAGAAUAUACAACAUCUGAUGCACUUACGGAUGCAGCAACAGAUGAACCAUCGGAUACAUCAACCGUCUCACGAAUAGACUCAACAGAACAAUCAACAUCAGAUGCAUCAACAACAGAUACAGCAACAGAUGAACCAUCAGAUAGAUCAACCGUCUCACGAAUAGACUCAACAGAAUAUAAUACAUCUGAUGCACCUACGGAUGCAGCAACAGAUGAACCAUCGGAUACAUCCACCGUCUCACGAAUAGACUCAACAGAAUAUAAUACAUCAGAUGCACUUACAGAUGCAGCAACAGAUGAAUCAACAGAUACAUCAACCGUCUCACGAAUAGACUCAACAGAACAAUCAACAUCAGAUGCAGCAACAACAGAUACAGCAACAGAUGAACCAACAGAUACAUCAACCGUCUCACGAAUAGACUCAACAGAAUAUACAACAUCAGAUGCACUUACAGAUGCAGCAACAGAUGAACCAUCAGAUGCAUCAACCGUCUCACGAAUAGACUCAACAGAACAAUCAACAUCAGAUGCAGCAACAACAGAUACAGCAACAGAUGAACCAACAGAUACAUCAACCGUCUCACGAAUAGACUCAACAGAAUAUAAUACAUCAGAUGCACUUACAGAUACAGCAUCAGAUGAAACAACAGAUACAUCAACCGUCUCACGAAUAGACUCAACAGAAUAUAAUACAUCAGAUGCACUUACAGAUGCAGCAACAGAUGAAUCAACAGAUACAUCAACCGUCUCACGAAUAGACUCAACAGAACAAUCAACAUCAGAUGCAGCAACAACAGAUACAGCAACAGAUGAACCAACAGAUACAUCAACCGUCUCACGAAUAGACUCAACAGAAUAUAAUACAUCAGAUGCACUUACAGAUACAGCAUCAGAUGAAACAACAGAUACAUCAACCGUCUCACGAAUAGACUCAACAGAACAAUCAACAUCAGAUGCAGCAACAACAGAUACAGCAACAGAUGAACCAACAGAUACAUCAACCGUCUCACGAAUAGACUCAACAGAAUAUAAUACAUCAGAUGCACUUACAGAUACAGCAUCAGAUGAAACAACAGAUACAUCAACCGUCUCACGAAUAGACUCAACAGAAUAUAAUACAUCAGAUGCACUUACAGAUGCAGCAACAGAUGAAUCAACAGAUACAUCAACCGUCUCACGAAUAGACUCAACAGAACAAUCAACAUCAGAUGCAGCAACAACAGAUACAGCAACAGAUGAACCAACAGAUACAUCAACCGUCUCACGAAUAGACUCAACAGAAUAUAAUACAUCAGAUGCACUUACAGAUACAGCAUCAGAUGAAACAACAGAUACAUCAACCGUCUCACGAAUAGACUCAACAGAAUAUAAUACAUCAGAUGCACUUACAGAUGCAGCAACAGAUACAUCAACCGUCUCACGAAUAGACUCAACAGAACAAUCAACAUCAGAUGCAGCAACAACAGAUACAGCAACAGAUGAACCAACAGAUACAUCAACCGUCUCACGAAUAGACUCAACAGAAUAUAAUACAUCAGAUGCACUUACAGAUACAGCAUCAGAUGAAACAACAGAUACAUCAACCGUCUCACGAAUAGACUCAACAGAAUAUAAUACAUCAGAUGCACUUACAGAUGCAGCAACAGAUGAAUCAACAGAUACAUCAACCGUCUCACGAAUAGACUCAACAGAACAAUCAACAUCAGAUGCAGCAACAACAGAUACAGCAACAGAUGAACCAACAGAUACAUCAACCGUCUCACGAAUAGACUCAACAGAAUAUACAACAUCAGAUGCAGCAACAACAGAUACAGCAACAGAUGAACCAUCAGAUGCUUCAACCGUCUCACGAAUAGACUCAACAUAAUAUAAAACAUCCGAUGGAACAACAGAUGCACCCGUAGCGACAGCAGAAGUAUCUUCCAGUGAAGAAAUGAAUUGAGUUUUACUCACGAAUCUUUGAUCUUUAAAUGAGGCAUCUCUUGCACCAGAAACGAAAAUGAAUUACCGAAUUAGCAGAUACUUAAUAGUUAUAGUCUGUAAUCAAUAUAGUUUAGUCCAUCCAUAA